GUAGUAUUUUGAAACUCCUAACGCCUAAUUGGCUCUUCCUGGGUAAAUUGGACCCGCUGCUGCUAACUUUAAACUUUAUCCCUCGGUCGAUCUGUCGAAACUAUUUAAAAUAUGUCGGAGAAAACGGAGGUUAAUCUAAGAGGAGUCAAAGAAAGCAAAGGCGUGUGGCUCGUAAAGGUUCCCAAAUAUUUAUCUCAGCAAUGGGACAAAGCCACAGAAAAGGGAGAAGUUGGAAACAUUACCAUUAGAAAGGAGAAAGGUAAAACAGAGGUACGUUUCAGCCUGAACGAGGAGCUGACCGCUCUGGACGCUGUGGACGAGAAGAAUGCGUCACUGCGGGUCCCGAGGGAUCAUCCUUUCACCAUGCACACAGUGGGUGGACAGACCAUGGCCGUCUUCAGCCAGAGCGACGCAGAUGAAAUCAGCCUGGAGGGGAUGGUGGUUCACAGAGCUGAAUGCAGACCGGUCGUCACUGACAACUACAUGAAGCUGAAGAAGCUGCAGAUUAAAGAAUCCAUCAAGCCUCAACGUUUGUCACAGCAGCUGGAGCGAGCCGUCACCACCGUCUUCAAGCCUGUGGCCAACCACAAUUUCAACGUGGAGUAUGAGAAGAAGAAGAAGUCGGAGGGGAAGAUGGUGAGGGCUGAGCGGCAGGUGGUGUUGGAUAUGCUUUUCUCUGCCUUUGAGAAGCACCAGUAUUACAACAUUAAGGACCUGGUGGACAUCACCCAGCAACCUGUGACCUACCUUAAAGAAAUCAUGAGGGAAAUUGGGACGUACAACAGCAAGGGAGCACACAAGAGCACCUGGGAGCUGAAGGCCGAGUACCGCCACUACCACUCUGAAGAGGAAGAGGAGGAUAUGCAGACCGCAUAGCACCUGCUAAGUGUACAGAUAGAAGCCUCUGCACCCAUCAGCUUAAGCAGAAAUUCACGAGGCGUUGUUGAGUUUAUUAUUGCAAAGGUUUGCUGAGAAGAAGCGGAUCUUAAAUAAACAUGGAUAUUGUUCAGCAUGUUGAAUCUCAAGCUGGUUUUUGAAUUCACGCAAGGACGUCUACACUCGGACCACAGACACUUCCUGGUUGCUGGGUUUAGAGUUAAGGAAUCCAGAGUAUGAAUACUACACAUUUUCCUCUACGGAUAAACAUUAACAGCCAUGCUAUUAGAAGCAUCUGUGACUUACGUGUUGGUGACACUUGUUUCUAUUGAUGCUGCUUUGCUACAGUUCUCGUUAUUAGUUCAACCUGCAUGUAAAACGUCUUGCCUUGAGGAUGCUCUCUGCAGACUGGUGCACACUAGGUGGAUGUGGGUUUUUAUUGCACGCUUGUUCAACCUACCACAUCAUUUUAAUGCUCACACAUUGUAACACUUUUCAUCAGAAGUAACACAUGGACGAUUUGAAGAGCAAAAUGCCUGGCAACUCAGUUCCAGUCAUGGUUUUCAACAGUCACUAUAGCAACAGGUUUAAGCUGUACAGUGAAUCACACAUAGGCGAAACCUGCUUCUGAGUAUCUGACCACACCCCAGCUAGUCAUGAGUCAGCAGGCAGAAGGCCUUAUUAGAGCAGGAUGACACUGUUUAAGAGGCAUAAGGGCGAAAACUAAAUCCUAAACAGAUUCAUCAUUUAUGCAUUUCUCAGUGCACUUGCGAAAAAAAAAAUACCAAAAUGCCCCUUGCUUCAAUCUACAGUAAUGCAAAAACAAAGUAGUGGUACUUAAUUUUAUUUCAAAUAAACCAGUUGUAUUUUUUUUGUUUUAUUGUAGAUGGAUUCGUAUUUAAUGCAACGAUAAACACGAAGAGGAUGUCGGUAUAAGUUGUUGCUAAAACAGCCUUCAGUCAGAAUCAGAAGCUUUAUUCACCGUCCUGUCUUUAGUUUUACCACAAGAACUGGGCCAUACCUGGGAGAAUAAAAAAAAAAAAAAAAAAUAGACACUGCAAAAGCCAAAAGGUUAAAAAAUGGAUUCAGUGAUCAUGUUUGAUUCGUCCAGAUUUAGUUGUAGUACUGUGGGCCAUUAUAUGAAUAUAUAAGAUUU